AUGGGGAAGGGAGGGCAUGCUCAGAUUUCUGCUGGCGUAAAUGUACAUCAAUUUCAUCUGAGUGAAUGUAUAUGCGAGUCAUCCAACACUGUUCGAGAAGAGCUCUUUAAAUCAUUGGAUAGUUUCCAAGACACUUUCGAGGGUAUUGAGACUUAUUACUUUUCAAUCUACUAUGGAUUCCCGGGAGUAUCGAAGGCAGCUAUGUCCUUGGGAGUUGCCAUCUUGAAAGCAAUUGAAGAGGUGAUCAGUUACUAUCUCCAACACACAGCCUUUAAAGUAUCGGAGGCACUUUGGAAUGGCGAAGAUUACAAAAAAUCAAUCACGAGUCUCAAAGAUAUUACCACGUUUGAAAAGCAAUUUCAUCUUGAAGCCGAAAGAGCCAGUUUCAAAGAAAAUUACGAGACACACACUGGCGUGAUUGAUGAAAAUAAUGGUAUGGCCCCCCUAACAAGCUUUAUAAAUCAAACUCAACCCUCUGUUCUGACCCGAAACAUUAAAGUUCACGAUAAAGCCCCCGAGCUACCUGCAAUAUUCCAGGAAAUGCUCCUAAACUUCGAACAUAAUCUAUAA